GCCUAUCCCUCACUCGCUCACCCCACCGGCCGCACCAACCUACCGCAGCACUACACACCACUUCGCAUGUGUACAUUCAUGCAGCUACGGCUGUCGUCCGACAGGCAUGAGGUCAAAUGGCGUGUUGUCUUGUACGACUGCGUAAUUGAGAUCACCGGCGACCUCAUAAAAGACGGCCUGGUACGCGAUCGGCAAAUCCUCGGGAAUGAACAGUCCCCAACGGCUGCCGUCGUAUUUCUUGGACCGGUCAGUCUCCUUAAACACUGAAUGCAUUCAGACAGACAGACAGACAGACAGGGAUGGAGGGAUACACCCAUACACAUACCUACAUGCAUGCAUGCACAUACAGACAGCGAAUGCAGCUACCUGCUGGAUUCUUAAUGGCAUGGUACAGGUCCGUGUAGAAGUCGACGAAGGGCGUCCCGUCCGUGCAGUUUGCCGUGCAGUGGAGUUCAUGUGCCGUGACCAGCUGGAUGGUCUUCCUGUCGAUUGAGCUGUGCAGGUGCCUCCCUCUCCGAUCGAUGUAGUCGGCAAUCGCUUGGAUGACUCGCUCGUUUGGCAGCUGCAGCAUCGACAUCGAAUAGUCGCACCAUCCGGUGUUCCACAAGGCACUGCGAAUAUACCUGAAGAAAGGAAAGGAAGAUCACCCUUGCAUGUUUCAUUCAGCGGACGAGUGAGUACUUCCACAUGCGCUACCAGUCGAAGACCUUGUCUAUCCGCAGCUGCCCGGCAGCCAUGAAAAGCUCCACCUUCAGUUCGUCCAAAUACAUCUCCUUCUCGACGAACACGUGAUACCAGGCAGCGAUUGGCGGCUCCCCCGCCACCACGUGCAGCUACAGGCAGCAAUGCAUGCUCACAUGGACGGAGCACAUGACAAAGAGAGAGCACAACAGCCGUCAUCUGUCUGGACUGUAAGCCGAUGCGUAUGUACCGGUUUCGCAUUUGACUUUUUCGAUCCUUUUGACGACUGCACAACACACACAUGCCCGCAUCCGUCCAUCUGUCUUCUCCCUUCCACCUAUCAGGCACGUGGCCAGCCAUCCUCGUACCUGGGACGCCGUGACAUUAUUCUCCUUUGUAGCGGGGGCUUCCUCGCCUGUCUGCGGCAUCCGAUGCAGCCUCAGACGAUUGUAAAUCAAUGGUGCUUUAUCAUGUACGACUGCGAGGCCCAUAUCAUCGGCGAUUUCCAUAAGGACGGCCUGGUACACGGCAGGCAAUUCAUUGGGAAUGUACAGACCCCAACGGCUGCCGUCGUAUCUCUCAGACAGCUCAGUCUCCUUGAAGACUGAAGGCAUUCAGACAAAUACAUAUACGCACAGACAGAUAAACACACAGACAGAGAGAGAGACCAGACAGACAGACAGACAGACAGCGAAUGCAGCUACCUGCUGGAUUCUUAAUGGCAUCGCAUAGGUCUGUGUAGAAGUCGACAAAGGGCCUCCCGUCCGUGCAGUGGAGUUCAUGUGCCGUGACCAGCCGGAUGGCCUUCCUGUCGAUUGAGCUGUGCAGGUGCCUCCCUCUCCGAUCGAUGUAGUCGGCAAUCGCUUGGAUGACUCGCUCGUUUGACAGCUGCAACAUCACCCCAUAGUCGCACCAUCCGGUGUUCCACAAGGCACUGCGAAUGUACCUGAAGAAAGGAGGAAAGGAAGAUCAGCCUUGCAUGUUUCGUUCAGCGGACCACGUCCGCUACCAGUCGAAAACCCUGCCAAUCAGCAGCUCCCCCUCAGCUAUGAAAUUGUCCACCUUGAGCUCGUCCAAAUAGCUCUCCUUCUCGAGGAACACGUGAUAUGAGGGGAUGGUGGGCGGCUCCCCCUCCAGUACGUGCGACUACAGUCAGGAAGUGCAUCCACCCACAGGGGAGCGCACAAAAGCCAAAGAGAGCACAACAACUGUCGUAUCUAAAGACUGUCAGUUUGCAUGUGCAAGUUUGUAUCUACCGGUUGGUCAUCGUGCGCAUCUGACUUGCCGACCGCUGCUGAGGACUGCAGUGCACUCACGACACACACACACUCGGAGAUGCAAUGAAUGCGCGCCUCGGCACACACACCUGGGACGCCGUGGCGUUAUUCCCCUUUGUAGUGUCGGCCUCUCCGCAUGUCUGCGGCAUCUGAUGCAGCACCAGAAGACUGUGCCUGGAACUCGUGAUGAUUUGGCGAUUUCGUGAGAGGAGAGGGCGAGCGAGAGAUAGGCCAGGUGGAGGUCGCGUGAAGCCGCGUGCGAGGCACACGACAGAGGCGAUACAAACGAGGAUGCACCCUCUCAUCAAGAGAUGGCUGGG